CAGAGAUGAACUGCGCGCAGGCGCACUCUUCUGCCUCCUGGGCUGAAGAGGUGGGGCCCCUUAUCUUGACUCGGGGAAGUGGCACCCUCUAUCCUUCUCUGGGGCUAAGAUGUGGAAACUGUGCCCGUCCGAUGAGGCCGCAGGAGGACCGUUGUAUCGGCUUCUAGUUGGUGUUGAGUAUGUUGUUGGACGAAAGAAUUGUGGAAUUUUAAUUCAGAAUGAUCAGUCAAUCAGCCGAAGUCAUGCAGUUCUUUCAGUUAAACAUCCCCAAAUGAAUCUUAGUCAAUCUUCAUCAUUUCCUGAAUUAAGUUUAAAAGACACUUCAAAAUAUGGUACCUUUGUUAAUGGAGAAAAGCUACAGAAUGGCAAUACUGUAACAUUAAAUACUGGUGACAGAAUCACUUUUGGAGUCUUUGAAAGCAAAUACAGAGUAGAAUAUGAACCACUGGUAGUGUGUUCUUCCUGCUUAGAUGUUUUGCAGAAAAAUAUUUUAAAUACAAAUAUUCUUCAGCUGGGUGGCCAUGUAGUGAAUGAGUGGAACGAAGACUGUACCCAUCUUGUUAUGGUUCUAGUUAAAGUUACUGUGAAGACAAUAUGUGCGCUGAUUUGUGGUCGACCAAUUAUGAAGCCGGAAUAUUUUGAUGAAUUAAUCAAAGCCAUUCAAGCAAAGCAACAGUUACCACUGCCUGAAAGAUUUUUUCCAAAAGUUGAUGAACCAAGUAUUGAGAAUGAAAAUAUAGAUCUCAUCAAAUGUCCUAGAAGAAGAACUAUUUUCAGAGGAAAAAAAUUUAUGUUUCUAACAGCAAAGCAGCAUGCAAAAUUGAGUUCAGCAAUUAAGCUUGGAGGAGGAGAAGCAAGACUGUUGACUGACAAAACAGAAGCUGCUGCUGCUGCUUUAAUAACAUCUAACACUUGUGUCAUUGAAGUAGGAUCUACAAACUCCCAACCAUCAGUUUCUACCUUGGACAAAAAAUGGAUUGAUAAUAUCACAGCUGUCUUGCAAAGGAAGAAUUAUAGAACAAUCUCAGAGGCAGAAAUUGGUUUAGCAGUUAUUUUUGCAUCUACAGAAAAAUACUGUAAUCCUCAAAUUUCACCCAGUGGAGAUAUAAAAACUGCUACUGUCCCUGAACAAAGUCAAUCUCAGAGUGUAGCAGUGGAGGAAACAACAAUGCCUUCCAGCCAAGAGGACAUCAGUGCAUUUGUAGAUGAUACAGAAAUGGAUGAAGUGAUGGACACAUUACUUGUGGAAUUAUCGCAAGAGAAAACAAAGCCUGAAAUUCAGUCACAGGAUAUAAUUACUGUUAGGGAGACUCCAGAAGGAACAGGCAGGUUAAACAGAGAGAGAAUCCUGCCCCAGUUAAAGAAGACACAUGGAGCUGACUUCACCAAUUCAGCAUGUUUACCUUCUGAAAUUUCAAGUCAUAGCAGGAACAGGGAGAAAGAUUCUCAGCAACUCAAUUUGAUUAAAAAUUACUUUCAGCCCACUGUUAAAAAAAGAGAAAGGAAUGAGGAAUUAGAAACACCAUUAUCAAAACAUGCAAAGAUGAAUAAGAAGUCAUCACAGGUUUCCCAUCAAACACUAUCUGUACCUUUUUUGCUACGGGAAAAUAAUGUGGAUUCUCAAAAAGGACAGUGUGCAGCAACACAAGGAGUAAGUGACUCAAACAUGGUCUCAAGAAAAACUUUAAUAUUGGAAAAUAACAAGUUAAAGCAAAUAGGAAUGGAAACUAUCCCUGAUGAAACACCUGCAUCAAAAAAGAGAAAGAAAAUAGAGGACCCUGUGGAAGAUGAAGCUUCUUUAGAACUUGUAUUUGCAAGCCAAGAGUUGUACCCAGAAGAGAAUAUAGGAGAUCAGGAUGAGAAAAACUCUCAGAAUGCAAAGAAGAAAGUGAAACUGGAUCUUACAGAAACCACUGUAAGAAACAAAGAAACAAAAAUAGAAUCUACUAAAUUUUGGGAAAAAAAUGAGGAAUCCCUUCCAGCAGAAAGCCAGAAAGAAGAAAUCAAAGAGGAACCACCAAAACCUAAUCCAGGUAAAUGUGGAAAUGAUUCAAGUUAUCUCCCUAGUAAAGUUUUGCUAAUGGAAUUUAAAUCAUUGGUUGUUACCCAACCAAAGAAAAUCCUUCCUCCAGCAAAUUCAGACUACGGGCAUCUAAACAACUUUAAAAAAUUUAAAAAGAUUCCUUAUCCUGGGGUAGGGAGGCUCCCAAAUAUUAUUGGAGGAUCAGAUCUGAUUGCUCAUCAUGCUAGAAGAAACCCUGACAUGGAAAAUUGGUUGAGACAAGAAAUGGAGGAGCAGAAUUGUCAAACAAGAGAAGAAUCACUUGCAGAUGAUCUGUUCCGGUAUGAGCCACGAAUAAAAAGAAGAUAAUUGUACCUCUAAUUGCUUGCUAGUAAUAAACUGUAGUAUCCAAGAGUUACUUUAUAAUCUAUCACAUCUGCUGAAAAUGCGACUAUCAGAAACAGAACUUGUGGAUCCAAAACUAGCCAAUUUUCUCGUAGCCUUUGAAAUAUUAACGUAAAGGAAAAUAUUCAACAUCUAGUCUGAGCAGGAGAGGAAUUUUAAGCUUCCUGCAUUUGCAUAAUUUUCAAGCCUCUUCCAACCUUGUUACUAUUUACUGAAAUUCUCCCACCUACGUUUGUGCUGCAGGUCGGGUACAAGGAAUUGUGGGAAAUGUGGUUUUCCCAGCCUAGAAAACCCAUUGAGUAGCACUGAGAAUCUUGCUUUCCAUAUUUCCAUUAAAUACACAGUUGUAGCAUGUGAUGAAAACGAGUGGAUGAGGGAGUAUCCAGACAGUUGUUCUUGGAGUAGCUAGAAGAUUUAGCGAGAGAGGCACAGAAAGAGGCAGGUGAUUCUGAAAGUUGCCAUGCACCUGUAGGAUCAUGGGAGCAAGAUAUUGUGCUGAUAUUAGAGAUUUUGUCUGAACAAUCUUGGAACCAAUCUUGAAAACACCAAGCUUUUAAUAGCAUUCCAACAUAGGAAAGUUGUGGUUUUGGAGUUUUUGCUGACCAGGAGUUUGUUCAUUGUCAGAUACUGAACUUAAUACGUUUUAUGUCUUUAGAAUUCCAUUUCAAGCCAUGCUUUAAGAACUUUCUAUGAAAGCCUUCGUUUUUAUAAAAAAGAAAUGGAGGUACCACAUUUUUAAAAGGUAACUUUGAAGUUUGUGUUUAAUUUAUGCAUUGCAGCAGUUUCUAUUUAUAAAAGAUGGCCCUUUUAAUAAGUCACACUUAUGAAACAUAAGUGUAAAUCAGAUGUUACAGACUACUCCCUGUAAUAUUUAACUCUCUUAACCAGUUCUAAGAAAAAGAUCCUGAUCAGGGAAUUAGAAGUAGGAUGUGCUUCAAAUUCCUUUCACAAUGGAUUUUCGGGGAGUUUCUGCCUCCUCAAAUAUGCUAUAAAAAGGUCUUUUUUUAGUAUCAUAUUUUAAAUUUAGGAAUUUUCACUGUCAAUUUGAAUCACUCCAGUAUAGAUUUGCACUACAUAUUAUGCUGGAUAAAUGAAUAUUUUGUUGGUUUAGCUGAGUUAUUUUCAAUUGGAGAAUCAUACUACAAAGCAGCCAUUUGUAUAAACUAACCAAUAAAUGUUUUCUGUGAGGAAAUGUGCCUUUUU